AUGGAGCCAGGGCUCGCUGGCGUCAAGGAGGAGCUCGACGACGCGGCGACCUUGAAGUGGGCGCGCGACGACUGGGCGCAGACGGAGCUGCAGCGCCAACGCCUCACCUACGAGCGCAUUCGCAGCUCCGCCGGAGAAGAUCACCCCGCUGACCUGACCUCCGCCUCCUCCGAGCCCCCUCCCCUCUUUGACGGCACUAGCGGGAGUAUUGGCUUGCAGGACACGAUCAAAAUAGUCGCCCUAGAUCUCGCAGACAGGCCAGCCUGGUAUAAGGACAAAGUCUACACAGAGAACAAGGUGCCUGCCCUGGAGCACAACAAGCAGGUGAUAGGGGAGAGCUUGGAUCUGCUCAAAUACAUCGACAACAAUUUCGAUGGCCCAGCAUUGCUCCCUCAUGAUUCUGCGAAGAAACAAUUUGCCGAGGAACUGCUUGCGUACAGCGACAGUUUCAACGCCAGCGCCUUCUUCUCAUGCCUACGCUCCAAGGGAGAUGUGACAGACGAAGCUGGUAAACAAAUAGAACAGAACAGUGCUACUUACAACAUGUUUGUUUGUUUUAGAAGUUCUACGUUUAAAGGCUGCAUGCAGUCUGUGCUCACAUUGCACCUUCUUUCAUUAGUUACUGCUGUUGAUAAAAUAGAGGCUGCCCUGGGAAAGUUCAGCGAUGGCCCUUUCUUCCUUGGCCAGUUCAGCUUGGUCGACAUUGCAUAUGUGCCAUUCAUCGAAAGGCUUCAGAUAUCCUAUUCUGGCAUCAAGAACUACGAUAUCGUUGGGGGCAGACCCAACCUUGGCAGUUUCAUCGAGGUAUAUUCUGGAUAA